AAAGGUCUGUACCCAAUAAGUAAGCCCAAAGAGGCAUGUUUGCUUGGUGAUGCCCAGAAGAUAAGCCUGGCAAACCUCAGUGUGAUUGAAGAAGCCAGUCUGAGGCUCAGCCUAGGUCAGGCAAGCUACAGGCUCCUACUGCUCCCAACGAACUUCAACACAAUGGUCUUCACAUUCUGGAAGGCUUUUCUGAUCCUAAACUGCCUUGCAGGUCAGGUUAACCUGGUGCAAGUGACCAUCCCAGACAGUUUCGUAAAUGUGACUACUGGAUCUGAUGUCACUCUUCUCUGCUUCUACACCACCACUGUGGCCUCCACGGACAAGCUGUCUAUCCAGUGGUCUUUCUUUCAUAAGAAGGAAAUAGAGCCACUUACUCAUGGCUCGUGCCUCAAUACUGAGGGUUUGGAGGAAAAGGCAGUCAGUCAGUGUCUAAAAAUGGCGCAUACAAGAGACGCUCGGGGAAGAUGUAGCUGGACCUCUCAGGUUUACUAUUCUGAAGGUGGAGAAGGUCAGGCCUCUGGACAAUUCAAAGAUCGAAUUAUAAGGUCCACCAUUCCAGGUAAUGCGUCUAUCACUAUAUUGCGUAUGCAGCCAGCAGACAGUGGAAUUUACACCUGUGAUGUCAACAACCCUCCAGACUUUGUUGGCAAUAACCAAGGCACUCUGCACGUCACUGUGUUAGUCAAACCUUCUAAGCCACUUUGUAGCAUCCAAGGAAGACCAGAAAUGGGCCAUAGUAUUUCUCUGACUUGCCUCUCUUCUUUUGGAACACCAUCUCCUGUGUACCAUUGGUAUAAACUUGAGGGAAAUAAUGCUGUGCCAGUGAAAGAAAGCUUCAACCCAAACACUGGAAUUUUGGUUAUUGGAAAUCUGACAAAUUUUGAACAAGGUUAUUACCAGUGUACUGCUAUCAACAGUGUUGGCAAUAGUUCCUGUGAAAUUGAUCUAACCUCUUCACACCCAGAAGUUGGGAUCAUUGUUGGUGCCUUGAUUGGUACCCUGGUAGGUGCUGCCAUCAUCAUUUCUGUGGUGUGCUUUGCAAGGAACAAGGCAAAGGAAAAAGAAAGAAAGAGGAAUUCUAAAACUACCACAGAACUUGAACCAAUGACAAAGAAAAACGAAACCCGAGAGAAUGAAGCCAUUCCAAUGGAAGAUGUUAUCCAGCUAGAAGCAACUCUGCCACCCUCCACUCAUGACACUGACCCUACUAUCAUCUUGGAACCAGACCAUGAGCCUGCCCCAAAGCCAGAGCCUGUCCCAGCACCUGUCCUAGGAAAGGAGCCUGUUCAGAUGCCUGAGAUUGAGAUUGAGUUGGAGCCAGAACAGGAGCUGGAGCCAGAGCUAGAGCCAGAGCCAGAACCAGAGACAGAGCCUGGGGUUUUGGUUGAGCCCCUGUGUAAUGAGGAAAAGGAUGUGAUUAAGACAUAAAUUAGUGCCCUGAGUACAUCAUUCAUCACUAAGGAACCCAUUCAUUGUAUCUGGAAUUCACUUGACCUAACCAGUCCACACCCCCUCCCUCCAUUCUGACCAAGCCUCUUCUAACAAGGUGCUCAUUUUUAACAUGAAUCAAAAAUAAAAGGGUCAGGAUAACUAUUAAAUAAAUGCAAGGGUUCCUGUAUCAUCAAUAGAGAAUACCUAAAAUUAUACUAACAUGCAUAAUAAAUGACAAGGCAAGUGA